ACACUGGAGGAGGAGAUCCAACAACCAAAAUGAAAUCGGCCAGACUAAAACGGAAUCAAAUCGUUACAGUAAACCGAUUUUAACCCAUCGGAUCGUUAAAACUUUGAACCAACAAAAACUAUAAUCUUAGGCCCAUUAUUUUAUGGAAGCCCAACACUGAAAGCUAUCUUCAAACUUCAUUUUCAAUCGAUUGCGUCUCCUCUUUCUCCCAAGUCUAACCAACCAAACCUUCUCAUCGUUCCUCUUCAGAUCAGCCAUGGAGGAUGAGAUCGAACUGAAAACGGCUCCUGCUGAUUUCCGCUUCCCUACAACGAACCAGACAAGGCAUUGCUUCACCCGUUACAUUGAGUUCCACAGGUGCACAACUGCAAAGGGUGAGGACUCCAAUGAUUGCGAGAGGUUCGCCAAGUACUACCGCGCUCUCUGCCCUGGAGAAUGGGUUGACAAGUGGAAUGAGCAGAGGGAGACCGGAACUUUCCCUGGUCCUCUCUGAUCCGAGCCAGAAAGCUCUCUUUAUCAUGUUUUCUUUGAGGCCAGAAGGUCGUGUGGAUGAGUCACUCUAUCUUUUUGUUAAUCUUUUUUUCUUUGGUUGAUCAAAUAAAAUAAACUGCAAGACAUUCUUUUGGAUUAAUAAUGAUUUGACUUUGGACCUGGGACUCCAUUGUUAAUUCUCGGGUCUAUUUUGUCAUUUCCAACAAUUUGAGGGUCUAAUAUGCAAAUUGUCUACCUGUCA